UAGAAAAGGACAGAAGGGAAACUAAUUUCGUAUCGUGCGACUUACUGCAACGAAACUACUGACACAACGACUGGUUCGUUGUUCGUUUCCUCUUCUGAUCAGCUUCGAUUUGAAAGCGUUUUAUUUUUUUUAAAACGAAACAAAUCUGGAUUAUAGUAUAAUGACAACUGAUCCAAAGCGCGCUUCCAAUAAUAGCGACAUGGAAUCUAUUGAAGAUGAAGAUGAUAACAACAGUAUAGAGCUUACUACCCAAAAUUUACGUAAACACGAUGUGUUAGCUGCUCUGCAAGAUCGUAUUUCUGCACCAAGAUUGGAGCAAAUGCAGUCUCUUCCAGCUUCUGUAAAACGCAGAGUUAAAGCUUUGAAACAAUUACAAUUAUUUACUACUAACAUUGAGGCAAAAUUCUAUGGAGACAUACAUACUUUGGAAUGUGCUUAUAACAAAUUGUACGCUCCUCUUUAUGAGAAGAGGGGUGAAAUAGUGUCAGGUGCUUAUGAACCAACAGACACGCAAUGCGUAUGGGAGAGCGAUGACGAUGAAGACGAAUUAAUUAAUGAGCUAACAAAAACAACUCUUGAAGAGAAUAAAGAAGAAAAGAAAGAAGAAGCUGAAAGUGAAGAUGUUAAAGGCAUCCCAGAAUUUUGGCUGACAAUAUUUAAAAAUGUUGGAACAUUGGCUGAUAUGGUUCAGGAACACGAUGAACCAAUAUUGAAACAUUUACAUGAUAUUAAAGUGAAAUUUCUUGAAGCUAAUCCAAUGGGUUUUGUCCUUGAGUUCCAUUUUGAGCCAAAUGAAUACUUUACUAACAGAGUUCUAACUAAAGAAUAUAUUAUGAAGUGUACACCUGAAAAAAAUGAUCCGUUCAGUUUUGAAGGACCCGAAAUUUACAAAUGUAAGGGAUGCACGAUCGAUUGGAAGAAAGGAAAGAACGUCACAGUAAAAACUAUAAAAAAGAAUCAGAAACAUAAAUCUCGCGGGUCCAUACGAACUGUAACGAAAACUAUUCAAAAUGAUUCAUUUUUCAACUUUUUCAGUCCACCAGUUGUGCCAGAAGAUUCAGAAGCCGAGAUAGACGAUGAAACUCAAGCUUUAUUAACAAGCGAUUUUGAAAUUGGUCAUUAUAUUAGAGAGCGUAUAGUUCCUAGAGCUAUACUAUAUUUUACAGGAGAAGGCUUAGAAGACGAGGAAGAAGAUUAUGAAGAAGAUGAGGAUGACGAGGACGAUCCUGAGGAUGAGGACGAAGAUUAUGAGGAAUCUGCACCAUCAGGUGGGAAACAACAAGGCAAUAAUCCUGCCGACUGUAAAACACAGUAGAAUUAUAUACAAAUUAAGAUAAGAGAAAAUCGUUCGUGCGUACAGUAAGAGACAAAACACACUAACAAAACUUGACCGAUAACUGCCUAGAUAUCCUGUGCCUGUGGCUCCAACAUAAUCCUGUUCGUAUCAAUCAUCUAAUCAUAUCAUAUCUCCUAUUCCAGAUCAAGCCUAGACUCUUCGACAUACCAGUGACAAAAUUAUGCGUACCCUUCUUUUAACCGACGUUGACGAUGAAUAGAAAUACGGCUCAUUAACAGCUAAGCUCUAAUAAUGUCAUAUAAGUAUAAACGAUUGCGCUCUCAGCUCUACAUAAUAAUCAUUGUCAUUUUUAAUUGCUUCAUUUUAUAUUGUAUUGUUACGUUUAUAUACAAACGAGAAAGUUAGUUGAAUUUUUUUCAAAACGCACGUUGAUCUAUGGACAAAUUUUUGGGUACUGUUAAAACAUUUUUAAUACAAAAAUUGAGAAAACUGCAGACAGCGCUUUCUUUCUUCUUGUCGUAUUACAAUGUAGUGCCAUAUUUUCCGUUUUUCUCUGAUCAAAUCUGUUGGGUUAUGGGAGAAAAGAGAGAAAGAUAUUCCAGCACAGGUACAAAUUGCAAAACUGACGAUAUUAAUAAAGAGUGUUUCUUAAUACAUAGGAAAUGUUUCGAACAUGGAUUCAGUACUGAUAGGCUUAAGAAAUUUAUGUACACGUAUUCCCGAUGUAACCUUGUUUUUGUUACAAUCUUUCACACGUUAUGCAAACUAUUUUUAAAGAAUAUGUUUAAAAUAGUUGUUUGUUAGCUUACACGCGCGUCUGAAUGAACUUGGUACAGUUAUCGGGAGUAUUGCAUAAAUGAUACAUUUUAGAUGACUCUAUAGAUAAUAGUAGAGUUGCAUAUAGCUUUUAAAAUCUAAUUGCUUAUUUCGAAUUUAAGCGAUUAGUCUUAUAUUAUACAUUCUAUGCUUUUCCAGAAGCGAGACCGAGCAUCAUGAACCAUAUGAAAUAAUUAACAUCUAAGGAGAUUUUAUUUAACAACUUGUGUAAAUGAUUUUGUAAAACAUUGUGAGUGGAUGUUCCUGUUAAUCCUUCAGGCAAAGUGACAAAUUAUAUUAUAUUAUUAUCAAUAAUCCUUGACCAUAGAUUAAUGUUAAAAGCUUGAACAAACAACGGGACAAAGAUAUUGUUAGAAUAUGGAAAAUAAUAUAUCUUAAAAGCAAGGUUAUAUUGGGUGUAUGUUUAUACAAAGUUCUGUUUCGUUUUGGAGUUCUGAAUCAAUUCUUCUAAUGCAUAUUAAGAAACGUUCUAUGACCAAGAAAACGUACAGGAUGCUGUAUGAUUUACUAAACAAUUUUUUUUUCUAACAAAUCAUUUUUCCUUAGGUUCUUCUAAUUUCCUUAAGUUACAUAAAAAUACAACUCUUUUUAUACAAAAUUGUUUUCAAUUUAAAUUGUUAUAGAAUUGAAUUAUA